AUGAGACAAAGCAAUCUUGCACUUUUUGUUUGCUGGAUCUUUGUACUACUCCAAACAAUUCAAAAAAAAUACCUUUUUGUCAAAGCUGGCUAAAUAUUUACCAAGGACUAUUCAAUAGAUUAUUUAAAUGUAGGAUAUACUACUUAAAUUAAGUUUACCUUUCAGCUUCAAAAUGGAUUAGGAGCUUACAAUUACUUACAGCUCACAUUCCCUUUUCUAUUAUAUACUAAUAAAUUUACAGAUGUAUAAGUUAAAUAUGUUGAUGAGACCUCAACUGGAUGCACUUUGACUCCUACUCUACUACCAGCAACAAUAACUUAGGGGACUUCGAAUAACAUUUAUUAUAUUUUGUUUCUAGAUGCUGCUUCAAAUCCUACUAGCUUAAAAGCCGCACCUUAAUGGUAUUCGCUCUAUAUAUAUCCAUAAAGAGGGUUUAUUGUUAAUCCGGGUAUUUAAUCGGCAGUCCAAGCAGCAACUUUAUCAGCUAUCUCUGUAACAAGUGGAUAACCAAUAUAAUAUGAUUUGAAUAAUGCUUUUGCUAAUUUAGAAUUUAUAUCGGCUCCUCCAACUACUUUAUAAGUAACUCCAUUUAUACCUAGUCCUCAAAAAACAUAGGUCGCAUGGUCUUAUGAUGUAUCCUUCUAGAUCUUGCCAACAAUUGCAAUUAAAGAUUAAGCAAGAAUCAUGAUCUUGUUUCAAUAGCCUAAAUAUUUCAAAUUUACUGGGACAUGUGUAUCAGAACAAUAAGUUGUACCGAGUGGCAAUAUACCUCCUCUAGAUCCUUCAUUAUAUAGCUGCAAUUAUGAUACUUUGAACAAUAGAAUCGUAAUCUAACUAUUUACUGGGCUUAAACAAAAUUUGUCUUACAGAUUUAGAGUAACUGUCAUAAACCCUAACCAUAGUAUCCCCACUGCAGGAUUUGAAGUAAGAACCUUAAUGGGCUUUUCUAAUCAAAUAAUUGAGCAAGCAACUUUAAAUUAAGCAAUAUACACAAGUUACCUGACUCUUAAUCUUUAUAAAGUUUUUCUAUCUAAUACCAUAGAUUUAAGUGAUAGCUCUUUCGUAACAAAAGCUGCAAUAAUGGCUUAAUAAAACUUUUAUAAUCCCUUUAAAUUCUAUUUUCAAAUAAGUUUAGAUAUCCCUGACUCUACAAAGCUCAAAAUUGUAAUAUAAAUACCAAUUGGUGCUUUAGACAGUGUACUCACUGGUUCAAUUAGAUAUAAUUUUCCGAGAUUUGAUCCAAAUGUUCCUGUUUAAUGUAUUCUAGAUUCUCUUAGCCCUCCUCAAAAUAUUAUUUGCACAGAAAUAGGAAAAUUGCUUUUGACAUAGCUAUAUUAUGUGACCAUAAGUAUCAGUUUUGCAAACAACAUAUAACUAAAUAGUAACUUUGGAACAAUGACUGUUUACAGCGAGGAUUUGAUUAAUAAUGCUGAACUACCAAUGAUUUAGGCUACCAAACCAAAUAUACUAUCUCAAUUUUUUACUAUAUAGAAUAAUUUAGACAGGGUUGACUAUUCUAGCUCACAAUAUGGAUAUUAAAUGGUGCAUUCAUAAGUUUCAUACGAUAACUCUAAUAAUAAACAACCUUUGUAGCCUUUGUCUCCCACUAAUUAUGGGUUGAAAUCUUGCAAUAAUGUUAAACAAAAACUUGUUUUUGCUUGGAAAAAAGGACCAAACAACUAAUUUGGUGUUAACCCUAAUUUUGCCAUGAGAUUAGUAACUUCAACAGUUAUUUCAGCUCAAUCUAAUUAAAUUGCUUAUGUAGAAUCUAAAAAUGCUGGUUGUAAUAUUAACAACGAAUUUAAUUCAGCUGCUACUGCAAGCAUUAUAACUUAUAAUACUUUUACAGAGAUUUUAAUCAAUCCAUAAACAACAUCUAAUUGCAUAUAAUCUGAAUCAAUUACUUCUGUAUUUAGUAUUGGUGAUGUUAUAAUUUAGGGUAUGUCUAGCUCUUAUGGUGCUGAUUAAUCCUCUAUUAAUUUUUAUGGUGCUUUAUAUGAUAGCUAUACUAGUAACAGAGCACCAACCAGCUAUUUUGCUGUAAAUGCUUUCACAAUUUCCUAGGGUACGACUUGCUCUUCAGCCGAUCUCUAGAAUGUUCAAAUAGGCAUAUCAAAUUUUUACACUUCUUAAGGUGCGUAAAAUGGAAUGUCAGAUGGAUCUUAAUUCCCAGCUUUUAUCAGAGUAACAGGAUACCUAAAAGAUGCAGAAAAAAUAGGAGGGUAAAGAAUUGCUGUCUUUUUUAAUAAUGUAAACUUUUUCACUGAAAGUACAGAUAACUAUGGCAGAUAAAUAGUCAGUUGUUCUAGUAAUCUGAAUUAUGCUUAAUAGUGCUGGGGUUAUAAUGGAUAAUAAGAUUAAUCUUCUUCAAUCCACACUAUGAAGAGAGUAGAGUUUGAUGUAUCAACUACUAUUUCAUAAAUAGCCUAAAAUACACCAUUUUAGCUGCUUAUUCCUGUAUCUUCAAUUGGUUAAAGCACAAGUGUAAGACUAUUUGUAAGUGUAAUGACAAAUUUUGCAAAUGAUAACACCUAGAGUUAAACUUUUGUAAAUUCAUUCACAAUGUCUUAAUUCUAAUUAUUUACUGGUACAACUAAUGCUCCUUAAACAAGUUCAGCAAAUAUUUCAUAUAGGUUAGACUCCACUGCUAAAAUAGAAGGAGGAUUGUAGGAUGCUGAUUUGUUUAUUGGUCAUAAUGGAGGUGUCUCAACCAUAAAUAGAAAUGUACUAGGAUCGCCAACAUAAAUGGGAAGUGCUUUUGUAAUUGUUGGAUUAUGGUAAAUGUAUUCUAAAACUCUUUCAGUAACUGCAAAUUAAAUUGUUAAUACAUCAGUAGCUUCAGAAAAUUGUAUUGGAUUUAGAUACUUCUUCCAAUCUACCUAAAUGAAAUACGGUAUUUUCUGCCCAUUUACUGCAAUAGGAGCAUCUGAUCCAACAAUUUCAUCAUCUACAAAAGUUACAUUUAAAAAUUUUGUAUAUCCUGCUCUUGGGCCACUUAAGCUAUAGAAUACUUAUAUAACAUGGAGCUAAAAUGAUGGUAAUAUAGUUACAGCAUUCCAAGAUCCUGUUCCAGUUGAUGCUGGAUCUCAAUUAUAACCAAAUAUCAUAAAUAAUGUUUAACCAGUAACUAUAAAUCGUUAUACUAAAGAUAACAAAGUAAUUUGGUAUUUUACUACAACAAAUCCUAUUCCAAAAGAUGGCUAAAUUUAGAUUAGUUUGGUAUCAUCUGGAAGUUGGCUAUUUAGUGUUGCAGAGAAAACUGAUGCAAAUUGCUUUUUACUAUAUAAAACUUCUACAUUUAGUUAUAAUUCCUUGACACAAUGUACUGUAACAGUACCUGUAGCAAACAAUAUAUUGUUCACUUUAAAUUAUGUCUAAGAUUUCUAGCCGGGUGACUUUUAACUGAUUUAAUAUGGAUUUGAUGCUUCUGUAAAUAGUAUAGCAACUCCAUAUGCAAUUACUGUUGCAACUUUAACUUCAACAGGUGGUAUUAUUGAUUAGUAAAGUGCUCUACCAGUAGUAAAUUUGAGUUUUAAUAAUGGUGAAUAAUGGAAUACAGUGAUUAAUAUAAUUUCUUACAAAUAUUCCCAUAGUUUAGUUAGUAAUAGCAUUGGCACUUUUGAAAUGCAAUUCUAAAUAAACUAACGCCCUAUCCUAGCAUUAUCUUCUCCAGGUUAUGGAAACUUAAAAGGACAAUAUUUAGAAAUAAGUGUUGCAUCUUUUAUUGGCCAAUAUUCAAAUAUUAAUUGUUACUUGAUGCAAAACUCUUUAGCCUAUUUUGGAUUUCAAAAUAUAAAUCUUAGCUCAAAUUUAAUAUAAGUUUUCCCGAGGUUCGAUAUCUUAGAUACUAGCCUACCGUUCACUCUUCAUUGCGAAAAUGUUUUAAAUUAAUACAAAAAUAUCUAAUAAUACUAAGUUAGAUUAUUGUAUAGAUCUAGUUUUGAAGUUAUUAAAGGUGGUACAAGUCCAUCAGGAGCCUCAAACCCUCCAUAUAACAAUCCAGUUACUUUUCCAAAAUUAAUAUUAACAAGAUUUAACAGUUUAGCUGGAGCAUAAACUCAGUUUAGAUUUUAAAUUUCUCUAUCAGCACAAUAGAUCAACUAAUAAACUUCCAUUUUUGUAACCUUUCCACAAAAAUAUAAUCCCUAAGUUGGAUCAAGCUAUUUAUCUUGCCAAAUAAAUAAUUAGCCAGUUUAUUGCACUAAUGUAGGCUCAGAUCGCAAGAUACAAAUUUCAGCCUUUCCCAUCUAAAUUGCAGCUUAAAUAGCCUUUACUAUCGACAUUUAUGGUAUAGUAUCUCCUCCUGUAUCAGCUGGUGCAGGUAAUAUCUAAGUAUUAGUAGGAUCAUCCACAGAUCCAAGUUCUAUAGUUGAAGUGAAUUAGUUAGCUGAUCCUGCAACAAAUUAAGAUACAACAAACUAACUUUAAAUAACUUAUGCUACUUAAUCUAAUCCAAAUGCAAGAGAAUCAGGUAUAUACAGUUACACGAUUUCUUCUGGAAGUGGAAUAAGUGUUAAUCAAAACAUAAUAGUAGAGUUUCCAUAGGAAUAUGGAACAGUUAUUAAUAUCAGCCCUCCUACUACUUGCUAAAUUACAUCUACUGACAGUACUACAACCUACGGAUCUGUAUUUCAAAUAUUAGGAUCUAAAAUAACUAUAUAAGUGAGCCAAAGUAUCCCUCCAAAUACUUUAUUUUUGGUAUCACUUAAUCCAAUAUUAAAUCCUGAAUAAUCUACUUGUAGUGUGACGAAAGUGAUGAUUUCAGUUCUCAGCUAAGAUCUAAAAACUAACAAUUUAGCAUCUUCAAUUGCUUCUACUAACUAGCCUAAUAUUAAAUUUGUCUACAGUACCACAUUAAAAUAUAUGAAUUGGUUCUUCUAAGGAGUUUAAAUUAUCUAUAACUAAAAUACAAUUUAACUUGUACCAGGUGUUUACUCUAAUCUGAUAAGUCUUGUUGAUCCAAAUGGCAAUUUCAGUAAAACUCUUUAAUAUAAAUUAUAAUCAAGCAGCGGUGGGCAAUUUCAACUUAUUUCAGAUAAUAUGAUUUAUACUGGUUAAUCUGCAGAAACAUUCAACUUAGGUUGUCCAAUCAAUACUUUACCUGGCUUAUACACUCUGAGCUUCACAAAAGUUGAAUCAAGUCCUGUAAUUUAUGGAAAUCUAGGGUUAAUCAAUGUGUUAGUUUCUAAUACUAAAGUUUAAAUAGUUCCUGCUUAUACUACAUAUAAAGUUUCAGUCCUCGGAUAAAGUUUACCUGUUUUCUUUGAUUUAUCUAAUCAGAUCCCAUUUUCUGGAGUAUCAGUUUUGUUUGAGCUUUAGAUUAUGGGAUUAGAUCCUAAGAUAAGUCUUUUAGAUGAUAAUAACUAACCCGUCACUUAAUACACUAUUAAUUUUUCUCCAUAGUCUUACAAAGGAAAAUUGUUUGUACGCUCAACAUAGAUGAUUUCUCCUGUAUUACCAGACCACAAAGUAUAGCUCUAAAUGACCAUUUUUGGAAAUGAUGCUAAUUCUUAUAUUGCUAGUACUACUAAUAUCAUAUUCUAGCUGUAUGAUGUAGGCUAACCAAAUCCACCAGUAUUAAGUUUUACUCCUAUAUUACAGACAUCAAAUAUAUUUUAGAAUUAUAUAACUCUUCUAAUAAGUGUUAAUGUUCCUUCUGCAAUUUAUUAUCAUGUAUGUUUUUAAUCUGGCCCGAUUAGAACAAGUGAUGAAGUAAUGAAGUAAGCAAACAAGUAUACAGUUUUAAAUCCAAUGGACAUUUAUUAAGAGUAGUUUGGUAUUUUGAAUGCAGAAUAAGCAAGCAAUUCAUUCACAAUUAGUAAUUUGAAAUCAGGGUAUAGCUACACAAUUUCAACUUGGGCAUUAGAUUAACUACAAAGAUUAAGCUCAAGAUAAGAUAAUACAUUUACUACAACAUAAAAUGGAGGUCAACUACUGAGAAUCAGCAUAUAAUUUGCUAAUAUUAUAGGAGUUAAAUAAAAAACCAACUUGGUGUGCUAUCUUUGUUAGCAAUUUGCAAUUCCAUGCUUUAAUGUAAUGAGUUUUGAUAGUAUUUACUGUGAAGAAUAAUCUAAGUAUAAGUUUUUAAUACAAGAUCAAGUAAAUUUGAAUUCUAGAUUACUCUUUUAGGAUAAAAGAAAUUUAGACAUAAUAACAUCGGCGAAUACUGUUUCAUUUUAUACUCUACCAUUAGACCAUUUAAGCAGUGACUCUAGCUAUAAUAAAGUUAUGACUAUUGUCUAAAACCCUUAGUUCGCAUUGUAACUAAAUUAAAAUGAUGCUACCUUACCUUAAAUCCUCUCUGUUACUCCACCAGUUUAGGUUUAACCAUAACCUGCACCUUCUCUUAUUAACACGCCUACUGUUUCAACUGGCUUAACAUGGUUUUAAGUUAGUAACAUCCAAACUGCAUAAAAUUCUUUCAUAUGGAUGUAUUUAAUAGAUGCUCCAAACAGUGGUACUCCUACUGUUUAAUAAAUGAAGUUUAAACUGACAAAUAGAAAUCAAACCUCACCUAAUUUUUAGAUAAUGUAUUAUAAUUAAAAUAAUUAAGUUACAUUCAACUAUACAGGUUUAUAGUCUAAUACCUAAUAUAACCUUUACUUACUUGCUACCACAGAAAAUCCUUCCUUGUUUGCACCUACAUCGUUCGUAUCUACUAUUGGAAAAUCUACACUAUCACCAUAAGUAGUUGUAGUAAUUAGCUCUAAGAUUAUUAGCUUUAGUAUCUUAAUAGUAGUAUUUUUAUCAUUAAUCUAUUGA